UUUUCGUGGUAUUCUCGACUUUACCUAAGGAUAAAUCGUCAUGGUAUUACACUGAGAUAACUCCUGAUAGAGUGGCCAUUUAUAAGGUAACAGAUCAUCGGCUCCUCUUAUUGAAUUCUGGCGCAGGAAGGGUUCCUUCUCUCUUUGUUUCCAACUUCCACUCCAAAUGCAGAGAAGUCGAGGAGCUGAUGCAUACUCCUUCAUAGUUUUAGACGACAUUUAUUCAACGCCCUCUCCCCCACUCCCCGCGCCUCCUCCACUACCUCGUUAAAAUUUAAACUUCCACGAUAUGAGAAAUGUGCCGACAGUUAGGGGCUGGUAGCUAUGAUUUGUUAGGGUCACUGAGACGAAAACAAAUACAUACUUUAAGUCGUUGUUUGCCAACGGCGAGAGCUCAUGACUACCUUAUUAUUUUUAACUUUCACGAUCCAUGGAAUCAGACACUUUUUGAAAAUUGAACUUGAAAAAGUUUGGACACGAAAAACUAAUACUGAUGAUCAUUUGAACGAACGGUCGGUGGUAACUCUCCCCGCUCCUUCUCCACAGGGUAACCAAGUGAAAACAUCAACCACCAACAAGAACGCGCGGGGUCUGGGUGACCCAAGCCUGCUGCAGUCUUACUUUGUCUGUGUCACCGAGUCUGAAUCAACCACUCUCAUGGAAUAUGGAAAAACACUGGGAACUACAGAGAGUGGUGAUAUUUACUUAAACAUGCUAGACAUCACUGAUCGCUUGAACGUGCGAUUCUACGCGUUCGGGAACGGAGAUAAGGACCUCGAUGUGAUAGACGCCCACAUCGUGCCACGUGACUUAACCGAGGCUGAGUGCAAAGGGGAUACAUAUAUGGAUCUGGAAUCGAGGCUGUGCACACAAAACUGCCACGAGGACUGCGAUCCACUUUAUGGAUGCAACACGAAAUCAUCUGGGAACCCACUGCCCACAGAAUGUAACGUGUGCCGAAUUGCCGAGGACCUGGCCACGGGAAAAUGUCUGCCAGACUGUAAAGAACCCAACUACUUAUCGCCCAAUAAGAUUUGCAUUGACAAGAGUGGUAAAUACUUUUGAUAUUUUCGGAUAGACGAUAGAGGUUUUAGAAAUUGUGUCUAGGGGCUUGCGAGCACCCUCUUUUGUCGCGAAAGAAACGUUUGUUAUCUAAGCAAUUGCUUGUGAGAAGCAAAUGGAAAUAUGCUUGUGAUCAAGAGCGCACAAAGGUACAUAAACUUUCGGGCUCGCCUGCACCUGAGUUGACUUCAGUACGUUCUGGUCUCGAUCAAAUAUGAACGUAAGUCGGUGCAAGUUUGUUCUCCGUUUGGAAACCAAACUCCAGUCAACACAAGUAGAUCGCACGUUAUCCAUAGCGUUAAAAGGUUGCUUUUUCAACUUGAGUGCGCUUGAGAUGAAGCUUGGCAAUCCUUUUGGCCAUCCGAACAAGUUUUUAUACAAGUCUAGCUUGCAACUUCUUACUAAAUCUAUCAUACAUAUGGGUCUGUCCUAAGUCUAACAGUUCAUUGUUUAUAUCAUUUUCAAAGGCACUUUUGACCUGGAGCUAGGGACACACGUUCUUUCUGAAAGGCUUUCAGUGCGCCAGAUCCCCCAUCUACCAUCCCUAACCAUGUGCACGUGGCUUCGCUUCUUGGAUUUUAAAACUGAUUGGGCUUGGAGAAUGAUGGACUACGAAGUGAGAGGGACACGUUCGCAGAGUCUUCAGCUGCUUUGGGUGAAGGGUGGUGAAAAUCGACUGGAACUACUUAUUGUCCAAGGAUAUUGGACUGGAGAGAGUUGGGCUUCACUCGACAGGUAGGAAGCAGUGACUACUAAGAGAGUGACGCUCACUGCAUACCCUCCCCCAGUCGUGGUUUGGUCCUAACACACAGAACCACUGCGAUGCAUUUUAGAAAUGAGGAAGUUGUUUGAAUCCUUUUCAGGGAAAACAACACGGGUUCCAUGAUCAUUGGAUGAAAACCAAUGGUCUCUGCACUGUAUAUAUUGUCUUAAAUUCUUUCAAAAUGAAGUUAAAGACAUCACAAAUAGUGAUAAGUUAAUAAAGAUGGUGAAUUUUAAGCUCGGUAAUGAAAUGUGAAGGU